CCUGAUAUCGUAAAAUAUUCGUUAUUUUUUGCAAUAAUUUCAUUAUUGCACUUUCGAGGAUUCAUUAAUGGAGAAAAUAUUUAUUGUCGAAACCGAUGCUUAAAUUUUGCCAUUGAAAUAAGUAAAUUAUGACAAUAUUUGUUAUUAAAUUUUCAUUUCAAUCAAAGCUAUUCGUACCAUCGAUUAUCAUUUGAACGAAUAAUCAUUUUGUAAUGAUUGGUUGCUCAGACGUGAAACUGAUCGAAUAAUCGACGUAACAAGUGCAUCUAAUCGCUUAGCAACGCUAUUGAAACGAAGCUUUGAGUUAACGAACGUAACACGUUGUUUUUGUUGCUGAAAGAAGUUCUUUCGCGAUUGUUAUCGCAAAAAUGGUCGAGAAACGGGAGGAUACAGGUGGUUCGAAAAAAGUGAAAAAAAUGGAAAAACCAACUGUUGUUAGUAGUAAUCGAGAGUAUUUGGAUAUGGACACCGACGAAGAAGAAUUUGGACGACAGGAAACUCCGGAACCCGAAGAAGAACUAGAAAUCGAGCCAGACAAGCCAGUAUUUACAGAAGAAGAAUUAAAUAAAUUGGUGGAGUACGUCAAAGCUUUUACAACGCUUCCGAGCUUCGAGGACUCUAAUUGGUCGAUCGAAGUGAUCGAAACGAUAAAAGAGUAUUUUCGUAACCCCGCAAAAACUGUUCUUACGAUAUUUAACGAAUCGAACAUACUCGGAUCGUGCCUCGAGUUUCCGGCAAAAAAUGUUGGAGGAUUGACGUAUUUUCUUCGAUCACCCUGGCAAGUUUAUACUCCGGAUAAUUUUCCUAGGACCGUUAUUUUCGGCAGCGUUGCCGACGUCGUUGAAAACUCGACGCUUAAAUUCGUCGAGAAUAUAUACGCUCCCGUCGCGUUUCACAGCAACGAUUGGCCAACUGUCAUGAGAAACGAAGUUUUUUCAAAUUUGCACCAAUUUUUGAUGUGUCUAACGGACGCGACGUACAACCCAAUGGGUUUGACGAUACUCUACGUACCCAGAGAAGGUUUGGAUGAAGAAAAAGGAAAUUCGCGGGUGGCAAGCAACGGCUCGUCGUCGACGAAUGCUCAGCCAAAAAAAAGGGAGACCGAGGAUGACGCGGCUGAAGGUCUCAUCGAAAGGCUGGAGCGAGUUGCUCGUUACUGGAUCCGACAAAUCAGAGAAGCUUUGAACGGAAUUAAUCGUCGAACAAAGUCUUCACCCUGCAAAACAAUCGACGAUGAGAUUCUCUAUUGGCAGUACAGAAAGAGGAAAAGGAAUAUCAAACUCUCUCUAGUUGAGAUUGAUCCGAGUGAUCGAAUUCCAGAUGAAAAUAUGAGCUGCAUUCAUGAUCAAUUAACGAACAAAAACAUAAUGUCAAUCGUCCGUAAAUUGGAGGACGAAAAAUCAGCAAGCAUCAAGCAAUUCAAUCCUUUACUGAGACAAGUUCAUCAAAAAUUGGAAGAAGCUGCAUCGAAUAUAACGUAUUUGAGUGUUUUUGAUAAAUUUAAGGAUCAUUUUGAGAUACCCGAAGGAGUGGAGGAAUAUGCGACGAGAAUAAUUUUGUUGAUUAAGUUUAUUGGCACAGAAUCACCGUUUUAUCGCGGUGAAGAAAAGAUGGAAAAAUUAUGUCGAGCUUUUGGUACCCAAGCCGUGGAGCAUCUCCAACGUUACAUUGAUUUGGAUGUCAUUUUUUAUGGAGAUCCGAACGAAGGAAAAAAAUUAAUUGUCGAGAGCAUCGAAUGUUGCGAAAAAAUAAAGAUCAUCUAUCAUAGGCUCGUCGAUAUGGAUCAGGCCUCCGAUUCUUCGGUUAUUUCUCUGACUCAAAAUAAUAAUGUUUUCAAUCAUGUCGAUACUUUCGUUCAACGAUGCAAUGAUCUCAUUGGAAUUGCUGAUUCGAGAAUGAUUUUCGAAAACUGCGAGGAAUCUGUAAGAAUUUUUGGCCCCAAAGCUAUCGAACUGGACAAACUUUAUCGCAACAUCGAGGAUUCCUUUCGCACAACAUUGAGCGAUAUUAAAACUGCGCGUAAUGAAAUUCUCGACAUAGUUUCAUCGGAUUGGUUUUAUCGGAUUUCGAGAUAUAAAGAUGAAAUAAAAAACGUCGAGAAUAUGGUGAAAAAUUGGAUCAACGAGAUUUUCGAUGAUAUUCUCAAUGUCGAGGAGGGAAUCGAGGCUUUGUAUGGAAUAAGAAUGUUCACUGGACGAGCUAAUUUGCGGGAAACACUCAACGACAAGUGGACACAGAUCUGGAAAAUAUUUGGCGAUGAAUUAGAAAGUUGUUCGAUCGUAACGAAAAGAAGUUCUCAACUCCUCCGCCAUUCCUCGAUGCCAAAGUAUGCCGGGAAUGCGAACACCCUUCGUAGCAACAAAUCGUAUCUUGUAAGGCAGUACAAGAUGUUGGUAGACGCUUCGGACUGGUUCGAUGAUUGCGAAGCUCAAAAUGCUGUAACUAAAAAGUAUAAAAACGUUCUGGCCACGAUGACUGAGAAGGAGGAAAAUUUGUUCAUCGACUGGCAAAAACACAUCACAGACAAUAAAAUCAAUCCGGAGUCGGUAUUGAACAUGCCGAUUUUCAAAUUCCGGCAAACCGGAAAGAUCCGAACCCUGGAAGUCAAUAUGGAAAUGCAUUAUUUAGAAAAUUUAAAAGAAUUAACCGAGUCAGUGCUAAUGUCUAUAAGCUCUAGAAAUUCGCAUAAAAAAUACAAAAACAAACGAAUUCUCAAUAAAAAUUCAUUUUACAGAUGGACUAUUUUGAAUUACGAGACAAAAAAUAUAUUUUCAAAAAAUAGUCCAAGUUGGGAAACGUUGAAAUCUCGCUACAACAAAGUCGAAACAAUGUGCAAAUUGUACAAUAGCAUCAAAGAGUCCGCAUCGGAGCAACUCUUGUCCUCAAAUUUAUGGAAUGAACUCGAGGCCACGAUAAACGUCGGUUUUGAAAAAACUACUUGGGGUUCUGAAAUGUUUCCGAGGUUUUUUUCAGACUGUAUGCAAACUGUGACUAAAAUCUAUGAGAAUUUCCAAAAGGUGGAAGAUAAAAAUGACCCUUGAGUCAAUCCAAAAACUUGUAUCAUUUUUUUUUUUUUUUUUUUAUUUCUUGAAGAACACUGCCACAAUUAAAUUGUACUCGUUGUAACGGAACAAUAUUUCACACACGUGUUAUAGAAUUUAUAGAGAGCAGUUGCUGUAAAUAUUUAUAAAAAACAAAGUAAAACAUUAAAAUUAAUGUGGAAGACUCUGGGACUAAAAAUUCGUCACGUACAUCGUAUCUAAUGAAAGAUAUGGACAUUACAGUAAAACUCUCUAACAGUAAAUAUACCAAGUUUCGCGACUCAACUGAUUUAAAUCGGAGGAGAAAAAGUUUUCAGAGAGCAAUAUAUUGUCCAUAUAAUACGAUUAUAUCUGAUAUGUAUAGAUAUAAUUUGUAAUAUACAUAUAUAUAUAUAUCUAUAUAUAUAUAUAUAUCUGUAUAUCUAUAUACCGAAGAACGAUUGUUCCCUCGGUUGGUUAAAACACUUUUUUGGCACAUUUUUAUUUUCUUUCCACCAUUUUUGAUGAAAAAUUUUGAAAGCUCAUCACUUGUAAGAGCACAAUUUUGAUUAACCGCAGAAAAUAAAUAUUUCGGAAGGAGA